CGUCCGCCGCCGGUUACCCGGCAGGCAAGAUGACAUUAACACUCAGUUUUACUAUAUGACUUCUAAAACUACUAGUUUAUUAUAUUAGUGAAUGUUUCAUGUCAAUUGUUGUUUAGUGUUAUCGAUUAGACUUAGGUAGACGGUUGUUUAUAGGUAAAUCUAGCAGCCAUCCAACAUGCCGGACUGGUUGUGGCUCCUGGCGGCGGCCGUGUUUGGAGCCGUGGCGGCGCUGACCAUCCCCCUGGUGUUCCUGGUGCACUACAUGCGGCCCUUCGAGAAGAAGAAGCAGCCCGACCACCAGUACAGCUUGCCUGUCACGAUACCUCCUGAAAUCCUCACAGAACUGAGUCGAGGCGCAGGCAGCACCCCGGAAGGCGCUCUGAACGCGAUGCUGCAGUUCAUCUUCCAGCAAAGCACCGCCGACACCCGCUGGCUGCGACGCCGCAUGGCCACGGAACUAGCAGAGCUGCUCGCCAAGACAUCCUCUGGGAAGAUCUUCGAGUCCUUGACUCUCCGUUCCCUAGAAGUGGGCUCAGAGUUUCCGAGCAUCAAUAACUUGCGUCUUCUUAGCGGCGAGUUGGAAGACGACGGAGCAAGACUGCGGUCCUUAGACUUGAAGUUCGACUUGGCGUACGACGGCAACUUCAGAAUCGAUGUUGACGCUGUUAUGCUGCUAGGAAAGAUUGCUAACAUAUCUAUUACUGUGGAAAGCCUAAGCGGUAAUGUACGAGUAAUGUUCCGUCGUACACCUUACAUGCAUUGGGCGAUCGCGUUCGAGGCACCGCCGAAGCUGGAGCUCCGGGUACGAGGCCGCUUCCAAGGCAGACAGCUCAAGCCUAGAUUGGCUUCGUUGGUCGCCGCGCACAUACGCAGAGCCGUCGCACAAAGACAUACGCUUCCAAAUUACAAAAUACGAUACAAACCGUUCUUCCCAAAGUCAGAGCCGGGUAGCGCAGAAGGCGAGGAGGGCCCGACCCCGCACGGCAAGCUGACCGUGCGGCUGGUGGAGGUGACCCGACUGCAAUGGGCAGGCACCAGCGCCACUGUGCGCGCGGCGCUGGCUGUGGACUCGCACGGCUGGGUAUCUCUCCGCCGAGGCGUGCUAGUCCUAGACAUAGUGUUGCCAGCAGUGAGCGGGCCGCUGGGCCUCGUGUGUUGCCAGGGUGUGGGCGUGGUUCUGGUAGAUACUGUGGUGCCGAUGUCACCGGCCUACCGCGCUGACUUGCGCAGAGAUGACGUCGUGCUCGCCAUAGAUAAUAAACCUGUCAAUAAUGUUGCUCAGGUAGGCAAACUUCUUCGCUGCGUAGAGCGGCGCGCAGUGACAGUGCGCGUACGUCGCGGAGGCAAUACGAGCACGGCUCGACGGGAAGAAUUGACGGAGCCCAAGCGCAUGCGCGCCAACUUUUCCUUCCGACGUGUGUCGGAAGUUAUGGAGGGUGUAAGAAUGCAAGGAAUGCGGUCUGCCGUUUCUAAAACUAGUUUACAGGAUGCAGAAGGCUCCCCAGCAAAAUCCCCAGAACCAAAAGAGAUUGAGGAACCGAAACAGAAAGCCGAGCCCGUUCGACAGUUGUCGAAGAGUUCCGAAGCGCCAGGAAACUUCGGUCUUCGCAAGCGGCGAUGUUCCGUCGAGAACAAAUCUUCCGACAGUUCUGCCGGAAGCACGCCCCCUGCCUCUGGAGCAAGCACCCCUCUCAGACAAGCCAAUGCUACCAACAAAACCGUCAAACAUCCAGACAUACCUAUCAUAAGAACAGAUUCCUCAGAAUGCAGAGUGUCAGAAAAAGUCGAUACAGGCCCCGAAGAAGAAGAACAAUUAUUUGAAACAGGAGGCCCAAGACAAACAGAACACGUAGAAAUAUGCCAAAUGUUUUGGACUAAAAACGUGCAAAUAAAACCCAUAAUACCUUUCGACGAAGAAACAGAAUUCAAAUUGAAUGAGAAUCAUAAAUAUUUGAAUUUAAACGUGUGGGCCACGGUGCCGGGGGAGAAAGAGGAAGUUUUGUUAGGAUAUUUGAAUAUACCGCUCGCGGCGUUGCUGAGUGAAUGUCAGGACUCUACGGUCCCACAUCAUAUGAAGAGAUACCAGUUUCUACCACCUGAUGUUGAUAUUAAGUUUAGCAAAACCCACAAGCUAGCGUCACACGCGGGGUUUGAACCUUGCCUCUGCUUCGGCGACGCGCUAGUAUGGUGGGAAUGGGAGGGAGCCGGCAACGCUAGGAGUAUACCGCGAGCGCCUUCCAAGGACAGGGACACCCCUCCGCGGCCUAAACCUAUCAGAGCGGCCCAUGACUUUGUGCGCACACACUUCCAUAGGUCGACGCAAUGCGAUUUUUGUAAUAAGAAGAUUUGGCUGAAAGAUGCAAUGCAGUGCCGCAGCUGCGGAUUGUGCUGUCAUAAGAAAUGCGUCACCAAAUGCCAGGAGUCUUCGCCGUGCGUGUCCAAACAGGACCGAGAUUCAUCAGCAGGCAGCGGAAUGCAGCCACCAGAGCUGAUCAUGACCGAGGCAGACUCCAUCGCCGACCCUGACUCCGACGAGGAGGCCUCAGAGAGGAAGGACUCUCUUGACGUGCACGAAGAAGGCGGGGGCACUAUGAGUGCCCUGGUGGCCGGGCUCCGCCGCGCGGGGUCCGCGCACUCGCUGACGGCUCCGAAGACAUGUGCCUCUUCGCGAUCCCUCCCGCCCUCUCCGAGUCACACCCCCAGGAAGCAGUCGCUGGAGCAAGGGAACCCGUUCGCGGGCUGCGGCGCCACGUGGCUGCAGCGUGGUGGCGUGAGUGCCAUGUUGACGCCGGCACUGCGCAGCGCGCUACCCCCGGACGCGCUGCUCGCGGCCGCAAGGGACUCUGCGCCUGAGCUGGCUGCUAAGCUGUCUCCCACGCAGAUACAUGAGAUGUUGCAAGCAGUACGUGAAGAGUUGUCAGCGGCGGACGGGGGCCCCGGCGGCGAUGACGCGGGCGAAGGCCGCGCCUGCGCACUCACCGCGCUCAUGCUGCACUGUUGCGCCGCCGCACAACUCGCGCAGCACCCCACUUGAUUAUUAUAAUAAAUUAUUGUUGUUUGUCUA